CCUGGCGGGACGUCACAAAAACAUAAAAAGAGAGUAUUGUGGAUAUAGCAAAAUAUAAACUUUCAACAGUGUUUUUUAUACAAAUAAGAAUAAGAAAAAUUAUGUAUAUAUGUGUCUAUACAUAUACAUUUGAAAAAUUGAAGUAUAAGAGAUAAUUGAACGAUUCAUCAAGUGCCUUGUUGACUAAUUACUUAGAAUUGUCUGGAUAUUCUUAAGGAAUAUGAAUAUUGUUAUUUGUUAACUCAUAAUAAGUUGACCUACGAUUUGCGGUUAUAAUUAUAAUUGGUAUAAAACCACGUCAUGUUUAAAAAGAAAGAAGUGAAACGACGACCUAGACCCGCUGGCAGUCUUGCUCAGUAUGGAAUUUUUGAAGUACCUGCUUCUAUUGAAGAUAUUGGCAAAGACCAAGGAAUGGACGACGACGACGACGAAGAUUUGGAAGCAGAAUUGGCUGCUUUGACGACCGGAAGUGACGCUGGACGUAGACAACGUAAAACUGCUAAACGUAUUCCUGACUCAGAAUUGAAUGCAAUGGUUAAUGAAAGUUUAAAAGACAUAGAUCCAGAUGAAGAAUUAUCCGGUGACGAGAACGAUCCAAAUUUAUUGGAAGAACUUCAUAUGAUUACGGGUGAAGAGAUGUCGCCCGAAUUGUCAGAUCCAACAGACUCAGAGGAGCCUUCAGAAGAAAAAGUCAGUGAACCCGUUUCAGAAGAAAUUGUCAAAUUAUUAGAGGAAAGAUUGUCAAUGUAUAAAACUGCCGAAGAGAAAGCAACAAACGAAAACAAUACAUCGAAAGCUAGGAGAUUUGGAAGAGGCAUUAAAACAUUAAAAGAUAUGUUGUCAAGGUCGAAUUCUGGCAAGCAAAUUAUUACUGACGAUAUUCCUCCAGUUCUUCCAUCUUCAGCUAUUUCAUCUGCAACUGAAAAGCCACCUGAACCAGAAGAAUCGGAAACGGCACCUGCAGUUCCGGUGGAUGAAAGUCCAAAAUCUGAAGAUCCUGUCGAACCAGUUGCAAGUACUUCGAAUGUUGAAGUUGAUCAGGAGACUCUAAGCUUGUUAAAGAAUCGUCAACAAGAAUAUAGAGUUGCGGCUGUCGCGUGGAAAAGGGCAGGCAAUGCGGAGCAAGCCAUUCAGUACGUGAAACUUAUAAAACAAUUUGAUUUAGUUAUAGCGGAACUUACAACAGGAAACGCUGUGGAUUUGUCCGACAUGCCCGGCACUCCUACAUUGCCAGAAACAACAGCACCAGAGCCGGCAACAUCAGAGAAAGAAGAAAGUGAAGCGCAACAAGCUCCAUCUGUUGAAGAAUCGCCACCGAAUUCGCAAGAACCGUUGACCGGUUCGGCGUUAGAAUCCUCAUUAAAGGAGCGCUUGGAAGUUUAUCGACGAACGAAAGUCGCCGCUGAGGGUGAAGGAAAUACAUCAAAGGCUCGAAGAUACGGUCGAAUUUGUAAACAAUUUGAAGACGCUAUCAAAUUGUACGCACGUGGAAAGCCAAUGUCUCUCGAAGAACUUCCAACGCCCCCGGGUUUUCCGCCUCUCACGGUGAGCCAACCAUCUCCGCCGGAAGCAGUUGCCAAUCCACCAUCGGAUCCGGUACCUGAAAAACAAUCCCCAAAGGAGCCAAAAAGGCCUCAAGUUCCACCGAGAGCAAAUGCAGAGAAAAAACAGAAAAUUAUAACAUCCCGUGCCGAUAAGCAGAUGUUGAUGUUACAACAGCGACAACAGGAAUUCAAAAUGGCAGCACUUAAAGCAAAAAAAGAGGGAGACUUGGAACUUGCAAGGGACUAUUUGCGACAAGCCAAAGGAUUGGAUCCGUUAAUUGAAGCUAGUCAAUCUGGUCUUCCAGUAGAUAUGAAUUCUAUUCCCUUGUCGCCUGAUGCUAAAAUGCAGUUGACUGCCAGUGGUCUGGAAGCAAAAGAUGAUGAUUCGUUUGAUCUUAUAUCGAAACAAGAUUGUCUAGAAGAAGCCACGGGUACUGAUGAUCAAAUAUACGAAAAUCUAGAGGCACAAUUGCUGAAACAAAUUAAGUGGUGUUUGUCAACAAGGGAUCAUUGUAAGGGUCUAGGCGAUGUUCCUGGUUACAAUAGAUGGGAGAGGCUGGCUUUGGGUUAUACUCGAGAUUUAGACAUGCUCCGAGUGCGUAAACGAAGCAGUUCACCUCCUCCUCAACAUCAUUACGUGGUCAAAACAUAUGCUAUUGUUCAAUGUUGUACAGAUUUAAGUGACGGAGAUUUGGAAUUAUCAAUAAUUCGAGGAGUGAAUUUUUCAAAAGAAGCUGACACUUAUGUGAUAUUUGAAUUUCCUUAUCCUGCUGAUAAUCACACGACGGAUUCAACUUCGACAGUUCGAGACAGUACUAAUCCAGAAUAUAAUGCUGUUUUUCCAUUAAACGGAAUUAUUGACCGUAGUUCUCGUCAAUGCCAAAGAACUUUCAAAAGGCAUUCAUUGAAAUGCCAAAUUUGGUCUAAAGGAUGCUCGCUGAACCCAAUCCUGUGUUGCACUCACCCAAGGGGAUUUUUCAAACGUGAUAGUUUACUUGGAACUGUGUCUGUGAAAUUACAACCUCUCGAAACACAGUGCAUUUUACACGAUUCUUUUCCGUUGAUGGAUGGAAGAAAAGCAACGGGUGGUAAAUUGGAAGUAAAAAUGCGUCUUCGUAAUCCACUCCUCUCGAAACAAAUCGACCAAAUUACAGACAAAUGGUUGAUUAUUGAUCACUGAUUGUCAUUUUUUUAUCGCAUUAAAAUUGAAAUUUUCGAAUCGCCUAAUUAAACAAAACGUCAAAUAUGCGCCUUUCGAAGCCUUUUUUUCUCAGUUUCUAAAAGUAUUUAAAUAUAUAUAGUUCUAAGUGCGUGUUUUCGUAAUGAUCACGCUGUAUUUUUAACGAAGAAAUGAAGGUAAAUGUAAAUACUCUAAAUGAUGUUAAUUUUAUAAAUGUCAAACAAAGCUAUAGUGAAAGUUGGAAUUUAUUUUAAUGCAGCUGUGUAUUUAUUUUUGCUUAAAUAAAUGAACGCACACAAAAAUUUA